AAAAGAAAAGUGACGGUGGACAAUGAGGAUGAGGAGCCGCCGCUGAAGCGCGCCAAGGACAGGUUGACGAUGAAAAGAAGGGGAAGGGGGCGAAGAAAGAUUGUUCUACUGCAUCUCACGUUGAAGCAAGAACAAAAGCCGAAGAAGAAAAGGGUAGGUGGAGUCGAUGGAUAGGGCUUGGUCGCCUUCUGCUUCAGGGCAACGAGGUCCCGGAGGGGGAAACGGAGGGUUAGGCGGCCAGCAAGUUCAUCAAAUGCGACUUAUGCUUCGCCUGGUUCACUACGGCUGCGUCGGCAUCACUCUAACGGACACAAGGCUCAAUCCUACAGAAAUGUUCUUUUGUCCUCCUUGUGACACCAAUGGAAGGAAACCCGCCGGGGAUCUUGAAACGACUUUCCGUGGACAGCCAGAUUGCGAUCACGGAGCACCUGCAAAUGAAUACUUUGUGGUUGACAUUGUUGGGAGGAAAAUAAUUAUGACAGGUGGACAUGGUCGGCUAUCGAAAUGGUUGGUCAAGUGGGACAGUUACCCGAUAAAUCAGUGUGCUUGGGUGUAUGAGAAUGCAAUGGCCGACCCGCAGAAAUUGAUCGAAGAAGUAGAGGAGGCUGCCACGAAGGAGGGGAUUGAUCUUACCCGAGAAUGUUGUUGUGGGAAGUGAUUGAGGGGGGUUGGUCA